ACUGGGUGCUGGGUGCGGAGAGAGAACUCCGGAGGAACGCCUGAGCUGAGCAGCACCGAGGACAGCGCCCGGCAGCGCCCGCUCCCAAGUCCUGCUCCCCAGCCCUGACGGGCACCUCGAGGUUCUUGCUCGCCCCACUCUCGCACGGACACUCACACGCACCGACACCUACCCCUCUGUACAAUGGCAGAAUCCCACCUGCAAUCAUCCCUGAUCACAGCCUCACAGUUUUUCGAGAUCUGGCUUCAUUUCGACACUGACGGAAGUGGUUACCUGGAAGGAACUGAGCUGCAGAACUUGAUCCAGGAGCUCCAGCAGGCGCGGAAGAAGGCUGGAUUGGAGUUAUCGCCUGAGAUGAAAACUUUUGUGGAUCAGUAUGCGCAAAGAGAUGAUGGAAAAAUAGGAAUUGUAGAGUUGGCUCAUGUAUUACCCACAGAAGAAAAUUUCCUGCUACUCUUCCGAUGCCAGCAGCUGAAGUCCUGCGAGGAAUUCAUGAAGACAUGGAGAAAAUAUGAUACUGAUCACAGUGGCUUCAUAGAAACCGAGGAGCUUAAGAACUUUCUAAAGGACCUGCUAGAAAAAGCAAACAAGACAGUUGACGAUACAAAACUAGCUGAGUAUACGGACCUAAUGCUGAAACUAUUUGACUCGAAUAAUGAUGGGAAGCUGGAAUUGACUGAGAUGGCCAGGUUAUUACCAGUGCAGGAGAAUUUUCUUCUUAAAUUUCAGGGAGUCAAAAUGUGUGGGAAAGAGUUCAAUAAGGCUUUUGAGUUAUAUGAUCAGGAUGGCAAUGGAUACAUAGAUGAAAAUGAACUGGAUGCUUUACUGAAAGAUCUGUGUGAGAAAAAUAAACAGGAUCUGGACAUUAAUAAUAUUCCAACAUACAAGAAAAGCAUAAUGGCUUUGUCAGAUGGAGGGAAGCUGUACCGAACAGAUCUUGCUCUUAUUCUCUCUGCUGGGGACAACUAGAGUUGGUGGCUACAACCACUUGCUAGCGAUACAUUGUAUCUAAAAAAUAACUGUGCACUAUAAAGGAGUAGGCUGUAUUUUCUUUUAUAUCUGUAAAUUUCACUGCAUAUAGAUAACUAUCCAGGAUGUGUGGCACAUUCUUUUCUGCUUGUUUCUAUACUGUUUGUAAUAUACAGUUUUUGUAAUUCUAUGAUUGAUAAGAAGAGAGCCUAUGCUUAGGUCAAUCAGUAACCCAAUUAAAAAAAUAGUCUAACAUAUCCUUGCUUUCCUAAAUACAGCUGGAUGUUAAGAUUUCCCUAAAUAUUCCACCAAGAUUAAUCUCUAAAAUUUUAGUCUCUGAUGUGUAAAUGCACAUUUGUCUCUAAAUAUGAAAUUAUACAUGGCAAGUCAAGCAUUUUUAUUUUAGACAAUCACAGGACUGUUCCACAAAAUAUUUCUAAGCUGUAUUUCCAACUGUUAAGAGGAAUGUUCUUUGACUACUAAAAUACUCACCAAAUUACAAUAAACAAUUAGUAUGUCUUUAUGAAGUUAAGAGUAUCACUAGGGAUUUAGUUUAUUAAUCAACAAAAUGUUUACUGCUUGGCUUAAGUUGAUUUGGUGGCAAGGCAAGGUAGUGCCAGAUAACACAUAAAUCUGAUUCUGUUUCCAACAAGUCUACUGUUUAAGAAUAUGACCUUAAUCCAUUUUCUAAACUAUUUUCAUGUGUUUCAGAUAUAAUUAUUCUAGUAAACUGCUCUUUAUGUCAUAUUGUGUGUAAACUGAUUAAAUUUAAUAUACUGAGUAUCUGGUGUCAGUUUGCAUACUUCCUGGAUUUCUUUCUAUGUAGAACUGUUCAUUUCCACCAAGGGUAUCUGCUGCCUCUGAAAAUAUUUUUUUCUAGCUAUAACAACUCUAUUUUUUACUACAUAAUUGAAUUUUAAUGUAAAAUUCAUAGCAUCCUGAUUAUUGAAUGUUAUAUCAUCAAUACUUUUGUGUAUUCUGUGGAUUCUAUAUUUCAUAUUGAGAUCAGCAUUCAAAAUAGUUCUAUUUCUAUCUGCAAAUAGUUUCAAAUGAGUUGAAAAUAGUAUUAAAGAGAAAUGCUAAUGUAAUCAUUUAUCUUAUCUAGUAAGGGGGGGAUUCUGAAACCUCUUUGACCCACAUAUAAGUCACAGUUUCACAUUAUUUGUAGCUAGAAUAUUCUAUACUGGUUAUAGUUGACAUGCAAUGGUUGGUGAUUUCAGAUUCUAUGAUUGUGAAGCCAGGAGUGAUAAGAGAAGUGUCUGAGGGGAGUUUAUAAAGUUACUGCCAAAGAAUUAAUGAUGGUACUGGGUCAGCUUCAAUGUUCCCUUUCAACAUUUACUUUUUCAAUUCAUAAAAAUAACAACAACAAAAAAGUAUGAGUAAUCUCUUUCCCUCAAGACUGAACAGAAGAGAUCCGCCAAAAAAAUAAAAUUUAUCCAAUGAUGUAAGUGAGUGAUAGAUUGGCUUUGCGUGUAGUGAGUAAAUGGAAACACUGACAUUAGACUGAAUUUAACUACUAAGAAUAAAUAAAGAUAAAAAUGACCUUAA